CAUCACCACUUGUACUGGAAAAAAGGGAUUGCAGUUCGCCUCCACCAGUCUCUCGGGCACACGUCGCUAAACGACUCCCUUUACAUCCAGAGCAGCGACUUCUGGAGUCGCCAGAUAACUGAUGAUCUGUCAAUUCCCACUUCUCCAACUUAGUCGCUGUAGCAUGUUAAAAAGCCGGCAAUUUUUUUAGGAUCGCCAAAUUUUAUACAUCGAAGUAGUCGUGCAUCCCAGCAGCCGUAUGAAAUUGUGAUUUUUUUUAACUUUUUUUUUCAAAUAUUAUUUGUAAGAUUGGUUGUAGGAUUUCUUAAUCGGCGGCUCACGACUAGUAGUGCUGCGAUGAUGGCGGAUUGCGCCGCGGCCUUCAGUUUCCCGUCUCCGCAUGGCGCGCCGCUUGCCACGCGAGGCAGAACUAGUAGGGGCGGUUUCGUGGUGGGGAGUGAGAAGACGGCGCCGCCCAUUUCUGAGGUGACUUUUGAGUUGGCUCAACUUGAUUCGACAUUUGAAGAGACACCUCGAUUCAAUGACGAGGCGACGUUGAAGGGCACCGACAGCUUCGUCCCUGAAUUCACGGACCCUGAGACUGUUGAAAUCUCUUCGCCAAUCUUUGCGCCGGCCGCGCCAGUCUCCGCGCCAGUCUCCGCACCAGUCUCCGCACCAGUCUCCGCGCCAGUCUCCGAGCUAGCAGCUAUCGACCCGGAAAAGCUGGAAGCCUGCCAGCAGGAGAUCCUCUUCUCCGUCACCUACCAGCGCAGAGGCGAAUCGCAGCACGACACGUGUCCAGCAGCGGGAAUUGCGCCGCAUCAGCCGGACGGGGGAGUGGCUUGUGUCGUCACGACGGCCUCCUCGCUUCACUGCCGCGCCCGCGGGAGCAAAUCUUCCGCCGGGAGCCGUCUCCCACCCACCUCGCCGUUACCUUACCCUCCGCGCCGGCCGCAGUUAGUAGUAACGGCGUCUCCGUCGACCUUGGCAUCGUCGGCUAUGGACUCCAUAUCGGAUAUCCAUACCUUUUCGAGGACUCCUCGGAGUACAAGUGUUAGUAGCGGGGACGAAUCUCCGCGAAUGGCGCCUCCUCCCUUCCCCAAGUCCAUCACAUGCCCGCCGCGUUCCGCGCCGUCAAUCACUGCGGCUACGGCGGCCGCCGCGGCCGCUUCUGCGCCCGGCGCUUUCGACCCGAUGUCGCGGGAAUCCAGCGUUGGCUCCGCUUCCGCCGGUCUAGGCGGGUUUCUGCCUUCCCCUGUCGCCGCUGGCGCCGGUGCGAAGCCGCCCUUCUCCGCCGCUCGCGCACCUCCCGCCGUUGGCACGCGUCCCGCGGGGAGCGACUCGGAGCCCCUCUUCGUCAGAUUCUCCCGCGCCGCGUCGUGCGAGAGCCUGCUCUCCUUGCAAUCCGCUCCGCCCGUUAGAAGCGCCCAACCCGCGUCGUGCGAGAGCCUGCUCUCUCUCCAAGCCGUUCCUCCGCCCCGUCAAGGGGCCGCCGCCGUUACGCGCGCGGCGGAAGGCGUUCUUCCGCAGCCGAGAGAAUCAUCCGCCGCCGCCGCCGCCGCCACAGCAACAACCUCGCGCGGCCCUUCGCUGGCUCCGACUGCCUCCCCGCCGCUGCUUCCGCAGCGGUGGUUUUUCGGGUAAGCCGCGGCGGCCGGCCGCGGCCGGAUUUCGAUGCGGCCCUUUCGGCGCCUUCCCCGUCGCAUUCACCGCCGCGUACGACGCGUUUGGCGCCGCGUUUUCCGGCGGGGGUGAUGGCGCAAGUGGUGCGGCAGUCGCAGUGCGCGCAGCUCGUCGUGCGGCCCGCCGAUGGAGCCGUGAUGUGCGCCAGUCGAGGCGCGGAGAAGGUGCUUCGCGCUCGGAAGGGUCCGCUGGAGGGGAGCUCCUUUCCUGAAAUGGCGGGCGAUGCUCUGCCUCUGGACACGUGGCGGCACCUCGUUGGGCAGCUGGAGAGCCGCAGCGUGGAUGUGGUAACCCUAUCUCUGCCGCUGCUGCGUUACAGCGAUGGGCACGGCACAGCAGCACCAUCGGCAGAAUCAGCAUCAACACCAGCAGCACCAGAACCACAAGCAGCAGCAGUAGAAGCACCAGCACCAUCAUCUUCACCAGCAGCAGCAGCAGCAGCAGCAGCAGCAGUAGCAGCACCACCAACACCAGCAGCAGCAACAGCAGCAGCACCGGCAGCACCACCAGCUACCCUCCCGCCGGCCCUCAAGCCUGCAGUGUCAGCGCUUAGAAACGUACUUUCUAAGACAGGUACCCCUGUGGCCGGCGCCCAGUGGAUUUACCGGUGGAUGGUGAGCCGGGAGAAGGGGGGGGAAGGGAAGGGGAAGGGGGCGGGGAGAGGAGAGAGGGGAGAGGUGUGUGAGGGGAGCGAGCAGCAGGGGGGGCAUAAAGGGCAUUCGAGGCAGCAGCAGCAGCAGCAGCAGCAGCAGCAGCAGCAGCAGCAGCAGCAGCAGCAGCAGCAGUGGGAGGAGGUGGAGGACCUGGAGGGAGACGUGGAGGGAGACGUGGAAGGAGAAGGAAACGAGGAGCAGCAACAGCAGCAGCUGGAGCAGCAGCAAUUGCAGGGGCAGGAACAGGCGCAGGAGCAGGGGCAGCGGGAGGAGAGAGAAGGGUUGGUGCAUGUGUGCAUUCAGUUGUUUGACAUCGGGCCAGCUAAGGACUUGGUGGUAACAGUCUUGACACCACCUGAGGGCCCCUCACGAUUUUCUGAGCCAUCACCCUGGCACUGCUCCAAAGCUAAGCCCGAGGCUUGGCAGCAGGCCCAAGCCAACCGACAGACCUUUACGCAAGAAGCCAAGAGCCUCAGCACUUGUAGCAAUGAUGCUGACGCUCCACUGCUGCUGACAAGCCCGACCAAACCUCCCGCCAAGCCUCAACUUCGGGCUCGGAAGCAUCCCGCGCCAGCGAAAGGCCAACCUGCAGCUCGAGAAAUCACAUCCUCUGCUGUUGCUGCCAGCUCAGCAGAGCGAUCUGCCAGCUCAGGAGGCAUAACAGCCAGCUCAGCAAGCCAGCCUGCCAGCUCAGCAGCAGAUGGUGCAGAGAGGAACGAAGGAGCGAGCAAGCCGCAGCAGCAAGUGUACUCUACAAUCCACAUACCCUUUGCUUCUAUGCCUACCCAUCCUCUCCUUUCCGCCCUCUCACAAACCAGACCUCCCGCUGCCAAGCCUGCGUCCCAAAGCAAAGGCGCAGGCUCGGUAGAGGGCUGGUUCCGUAGCCUGUACAGCAGCGGUAGGAGAAAAAAGGCACAGCAGAGCGUUCUCCCGAUCCUGAACCGCCGGGAAGGCUCGGGACGAAGCAACUGGGGGGGCUUGGCGUUGGGCGGUGGGGUAGGAAGGGAUGGGGAGGGUCGGCAUGGGGAGACCAUAGCUGAGAUUGCGAACGCUGCUAAGGCUGCUUCGGCUGUUGCUGCUUCGUCGACUGCUGCUGCUGUUGCUGCUGCUGCAGCUGCUGUUAAUGCUGCUGCUGAUGAGAGCACCCUUACUGAUUGCGCCUUUUCUGAUAGCACCCUUUCUGAUGGCACCCUUGCUGCCAUUCCUUCUGCUGCUGCCAAGCUGGCUCCGCUUUCUCUCUCUCCGUCUGCUCCUGUCUCUACCUCUGCCACUUCCCCUAUCUCUCUCUCUCCCUCUGCCUCCGCCUAUGUCCCUUCCUUCGCCACUGCCUCUCCCUCUCCCUCUGCGUCCGCCUUUGCCCCUGAGUCCGCCUCAGUUCCUAUUCUUGCCACCUCUACUUCUCCUCCUCCUCCUCCUCCUCCUCGUUCUCUCCCUCCUCCGUCCCCAUCCGCUCCUCCUAUCCUCACCCCAUCCAAGUCCUCCUCGUGUUUAGAGGCGGCUCAAAGCACUCCCGCUCUUCUAGCCCCCUCGGGAUGCUACUCUGAGCUGCGCAAGGGCAAGCUGAGCACAUGGGACGUGGCAGUGGCGGUGGGUGCGAACGGGGGGGCGAAGGCAGGCAGCAAGGAGGAGCGCAGUGACACGGACGCGCAAGAGGAAACGAGGGAGAAGGCGGGGGAGAAAGAGGGGGAGAAGGAGAAGGAGAGGGAGAAGGAGAGGGAGCAGCAGCCGUUGGGGCUGCGGCGCAUUCGAGUGGAUCCGUCUCAGAAGCCCCGGGGUGCAUCAGAGACGUGGCUGCUGCACGACUUUAAGGAGCGCCCGGGCAACCAGUUCAAGUUCCGCAUGCUCUUUGAGCUCUCCUCGGACCCCAAGAUGCUCCUGACCAAGGACGGUCGUCUGCUGGACUGCAACCAGGCUACUGUCCGAAUGAUCAAAUCGCGCUCCAAGGACCACCUGAUUGGCCGCACCAUCCAGUCGCUAUCCCCGCUGCUACAGCCGGGGUCAGGGCAGCCCGCUACAGCCCUGCAAGCGAUACUUGAUGAGCUGGCAGAGAGCAAUGCUGUCAGCAAUGCAGGCACCAACGCCGGCAGCAAUGCUGCCGGUGGAAAUACCAGCAACACCGGCAGCGGCAGCAGUAGCAGCAGCAGCAGCAGCAGCAGCAGCAGCAGUAGUAGCAGUAGCAGCAGCAGUAGCAGCAGCAGAAGUAGUAGCACAAAAAGCAGCAGCAUCAGCAGCAGCACCACCACCAGCACCAGCAGCGGGUCGUGCGACCUGCGUCGGUUCGAGUGGGUGUUUCAAGACGACGAGGGCGGCAUGCUGCCAGUGGAAGCCCUCUGCCGACUCGUCGACCUCGUAGGGCCAACCGCGCAGGGAGGCGCAGACUCAGGCCAAGCACAGUCGCAGUCACAGUCCCCCUCGUCUCACUCCCACUCCUCGCAAUCACAGUCGUUGCAGUCACACUCGCCCAAGUCCCCUUCCUCCCAGACCCAGUCCUCUUCUGCUGCCCCCCCCUCCUCCUCCUCCUCCUCCUCCGCCGCCUCGUCCGCCUUGUCGCACGCGGCGGUGUAUCUGAUGGUGUGGCACGACCUCACCGAGGUGAAGCGGAAGGAGGCCUCUCUGGAAAGAGCCAAGCAGGAGGCGGAGCGCGCCAGGCAGGCGGCUGAGAGGGCGAGCCUCUCAAAGACGCAGUUCCUGGCCAACAUGAGCCACGAGAUCCGCACGCCCAUGAACGGCGUCAUCGGCGUGGCAGAUCUCUUAUUGGACACGGCGCUGAGUGAAGAGCAGAGGAUGCUGGCUGAAACGAUCCGGUCGUCCAGUGAGGGGCUGCUGCAGAUUCUCUCGGACAUCCUCGACCUGAGCAAGAUCGAGAGCGACAAGAUGGAGCUCGAGGCUGUGCAGCUCAACGCCAGGCAGCACCUCUCGAGUUCACUCUCUCUGUUUCGAAUGGCCGUUCAAGACAAGGGGCUACAGCUGAACGUGCGAGUGGCCCCGGACGUGCCCCACAUGGUCACUGCCGAUGCAGUGCGCUUACGGCAAGUGCUGCUGAACCUGGUGUCGAACGCCCUCAAGUUCACCCACCACGGCUGCAUCUCCGUCUCCCUCUCUCGGGUCCACUCCUGCCCCGGCUGCUGCUGCUGCCACCCCCCCAAGGACGAGCAGAAGGAGGCGGGAGGCGAGGAGGAAGCGUCAAGAGUGGUGCUGCAGUACACAGUGGCGGACACGGGGAUAGGGAUCUCGGCAGAGGGCCAGAGCCGCCUCUUCCAGGCGUUCACCCAGGCGGACAGCAGCACGUGCCGGCGGUUUGGCGGGACGGGUCUUGGAUUGGCCAUAUGCCGGGCGCUGGUGACACUGAUGGGAGGAACGAUCAAGCUGACGAGCCAGGAAGGCCAGGGCUCAACCUUUUCGUUCACAGUGUGUGUGGGAGCACUCAGCAACAGCCCCGGUGGAACUGGCUCGGCUGCCGAGCCUGUCGAGUACGUCUGGAGCCGAACCUCCAGCUACAGCAGCAGCCUAAGUGGCUACAUUCGCAGCACCAGCAGCACGGGGACGGAUGACAGGAAGAGGUGUGACAAUAAAGAGAGUGACUCUGAGCAAGUUGAAGGCAGAAGAUGCUGUGGGAAUGAAAGCAAGUGUUCAGUUGGGGAGAGAAUAACGGAGGAAAUAGAGGAGAGAAUAGAAGAGAGAAUAGAAGAGAGAGUAGAAGAGAGAAUAGAAGAGAGAAUAGAAGAGAGAAUUGAGGAGAGAAGUGAAGAGAGAAGAGAUGUGCUUAAGGGAGAAUUCGGUGUGCAGAUAACCACAGUAACCAUAGGGGAGCAGAUGUUGGAGGGAAAUGAGUGCAAGGAGCAAGUUGAGCUACCAAACGAAGCACUCUAUAACGGGGUCAAGAGCAGGGACGAGGGAGGUGUUUCAGGUGAAGGGUGCAGGCGGGAUGGGCAAGAGGAGCAGCAGCAAGCGACGGGCACAGAUGAGACGGAUGAGAAUGCACGCAGGGGUCCCGUUCGCCCUCGUGGCAGUGUAGGUUUGCCCAAUAAGUCGCCAGUAGGAGCAGCAGUAGGAGCAGCAGCAGGAGCAGCAGCAGGAGCAGCAGCAGGAGCACCACGGCAGGCGAUCAGUGUUAGCUUCUCGGAAGGGGACCUGCCGGUGAUGUGUGCCCUAGGGGGCAGCAGUGGCACCAGCCUGGUGACAGAGAGGAGAGGCACUGGUCUCUCUGCAACCGCGAGAGCUAGUGCUGGCUCUGCUGCUGUGUCCCCCUAUCUGUCCUCCUCUGGGCAGCACCCCAACAGCAUUCCUUCUGCACCAGCAGCACCAGCAGAAGCAGGGGAGAGCAGCAAAUUACAGCUUGCUAAGGAGUGCAGUUUACGCGUGCUAGCAGCAGAGGAUAGUGCGUUAAGGGCGCAAGCAACAGCACCAGCAGCAGCAGCAGCAGCAGGAGCAGCAAAGCAGCGCACAUUGAGUGUGCUGGUGGCGGAGGACAAUGCGGUGAACCAGCUCGUGGUCACGCGCAUGCUCACGCGCCUGGGGCUGGCCUGCCGUGUUGUCGAUAACGGGGCCAUGGCUGUGGACGCCUGCCGGCAGGAGCGCUUCGACCUCGUGCUCAUGGACUGCCACAUGCCUCAGAUGGACGGGCUGGAAGCCACUAGAAGGAUCCGACAGAUGGAGGCGGGAAGGAGCCAGGAGCAUUUCACAGGGAGGAGCGCGGAUGACAAUCAAAGCAGUAGCUUGGGCGGGAGCAGCAGUUGUGAGAGCAGUGGUGAGAGCAGUGGUGGCAGCAUCGUGGAGUGCAAUGAUAUGAGCACACUGCGAAGCCGUAGCGGCGUAAGUGCACUUGCGCCGACGUUUAUUGUCGCGCUGACUGCAAGUGCGUUUGAUUUCGAGCGGGAGGCGUGCUUUUCGGCUGGGAUGAACCACUUCCUUACCAAGCCGAUCCGGCCUAAGGACCUUCAAGGUUUGAUAAACUUGCUACAGCUUCCUCUACGAGGAAUGGAAUGAAUGGUCCUAGCUAGUGUAAAGCUCCCGUUGAUUUUUUAUUAUUAUUUUAGGAUGUCCACUUGUCCUAGUAUAUAAUCGUUUUCACUUACAACUAAUGAGAACAUAG